CGCUGAGACGAAGGUGAAGUUGCAGUUGGAAAUAACCGCUGUCCUUUGCCUCAUCCAAUCAGAACAUGUUGCGGACAAUCCGCAGUCAGGAUUAUUUUUCUUUCGUUUUCAUUUCCGGGAAAGAUCGAAUAAGGAAAUAGUGAAGUUGUGUUUUUUGGGGAACGACAUAUAUUCUUUUAAAAGAUUGUUUGGGAACGUAAUUGUUGCGUUUUUGUGUACUUUUUCCAGGACAUUAUUUUUAUUUAGUGGAUCCAUUCAGACUAUUUUCCAAGUCACCUUUGGUCAAGGUAAAUCAGAUCUGAGGCGCCACAUUGUACUGGUUUGGCAGGUCAGUGGCUCCCACAGUGGGCACCACUAUCCCCUUGACAAAGACAGUCCACCCACACAGGAGGACCUUUGGCAUCUUCCUGGACAGCUAAGAAUAAAUCCAUCUCUGUGGAAUAAAGAAGAUGUCGCCCACUGGCUCCACUGGGCUGAGAAGGAGUACUCGCUACGGCGGCCUGAGAAUGAACGCUUUGAGAUGAACGGCCGAGCGCUGUGUCUGCUCACUAAGGAAGAUUUCCGACACCGUUGCCCAAGCUCGGGCGAUGUUCUCUAUGAGAUCCUUCAAUGUGUGAAAAAGCGACCAACGGGCGUUGUAUGCCAGCCUCCGAACGCGUCUCGCAUCCAAAACGCAGACAAGACCAGGAUGCCGGACUCAAACGUUGAAGAGCAACUGUCACCUAACCUUGAUAACACGCAAGUUGCACAGUUCUGCCCUGAAACAGAAAGCAACACCCAGGAAGCUCUUAAUUUGACUUGCCAAAAGGAACCUACAACAACGAUGCAAAGACCCGAUGGACGUUUGCCAGAGUGCAGGUUACUGUGGGAUUACGUCUAUAAACUGUUGUGUGAUGACCACUACCAAGAAUAUAUCCGCUGGGAGGACCAAAGCAGCCUGGUGUUCAGGGUGGUAGAUCCCAACGGCCUGGCACGUCUCUGGGGAUGUCACAAGAACCGAGAAAAUAUGACGUAUGAAAAAAUGUCCCGUGCUCUGAGGCACUAUUACAAACUGAAUAUCAUCAAAAAGGAGCGAGGACAAAAACUGCUCUUCAGGUUUUUGAAAACACCACAGGACAUCAGGAAAAACCAGUCCCUGGAUCACGUUCCUCUACGUGACUGUGACUUUUCCGACAACACUCCGACAUAUAAAUUAAGCAAAGAGAAUUUUGAGGUUUCACCGGAUCGCGCCUCGCCGCAGUGCUCUCCAACUCGGUGACAUGAUAAAAAAAAGAUAAUGUAUACUGAUAAUUUUUAUUACUUUUCUUUAACGACUACUUCCUCUACGUCUACACGGUUACUUACAGUAUGUUGGACACUAGUCGGCAGUGUUUGGAUCCGGCAUCAAAAUUCUUGGAAUAAUAUGUGGAGUCAUACACUGUUUUUUUUUUGCAUCCAUUAAAAACACAAUUCAAGAAACAAUACAAGCAGUUGAUGUUUGCUA